AAGGGAAGACGAAUGCACUGUUUGACGAAAACUUGCUUUUUUUCGAUUGUCCCUGCAGGCAGUUUUCCAGUAUAAAAACACAGCGAUGCUCGUCAAAUAGCCACAUUUCCUGCUUAAACAUCCAGUGACUACUACCACAAAAUGAAGCUCUUCCUACUGAUUGCAAUCUUCGUCGCAAUAGUGAUGGUCAACGCCAUCCCUCUGCAAGGAGAAAAGGGCGAAACGGCCGUCAUCGCCGACGAUUUGGAUACAGCCGAAUUAUUCGGCAAGAGCUACGGAAAACCUAAAGCUUCAAAGUCGUCGUACGGUUCUCCGCAAAAAGCCAAGAAAGAGAAGGCACCGAAAGCAUCUUACGGUGCGCCCAAAGCCAAGAAGGAGAAGGCACCGAAAGCAUCCUACGGUGCACCCAAAGCCAAGGCUCAGAAAGAGAAGGCACCCAAAUCAUCGUACGGCAAACCUAAAAAAGAAAAGAAACCCGACUCGUCCUACGGUAGAAAAUAGAACUUCGGUUCAGCUGCAAGAUGUUUUUUUUGGGGGGGUUUUUUAAAGACCGAGUUCUGUUGACGAUUGACCUGUUUUGUUAUACGCUGGAUAACGCGCUGUGCCGCUAUCCGAUUAUAUCUCCAUUCUUUUUGUUCUUUCAAUGUAACGCUCCUCGUUGAAUGAUUUUCGUACGAUACUUUUCUGUUGUCAAGUAUCGCCUUUUCCUCUCACAUCACGCUCAAUUCAAUUUUAGCGUUCAUUUAUGUAAACCACUAUAUCUUGAGGAUGAAAGAUAAACUUUUUCAAAUGUGAA